GUUACUAACGACAAACAAUUCCGACUCCAGAUAAAAAUGUGGCAGGAUGCUGGUGGGUAACACAAAGAAACUUGAUGUUGUUAUUCCAAAAGUUGUGCCAAAGAUAGGAAAGAGAUUACAUACAAAAUCAAGUCAGUUUCCAGAUACAUGGAAAACAUACAAACGGCUGGUCAACCCCAACCAACCAGUGCCUAGACUUCGAGAAAAAUACGUCAACAAAGGUUGUCUUCUUGAUAUACCAACAGUUGAUGUGCCGAGCAAACAAGGAUUCAAAUGUACGUGUUUUGAUAAUGUAGUACAUGCUGUACGUGAGGUAUGCCGCUACACCCCACCAAUGAUGAAUAGACUGAUGAAAAAUCAACAAACCCAUAGAUGGAUGAAGGAAACCAAGAAUCUUGUCAAAGAAAACGAACGAUACCAGCGCCCCCUGGCAACACUAACGGUUCGAUGGCAACUGAAAAGAAUAUUACCUGGUUAUGAUUUGUCUUCAUUGUAUAAAAUAUUUUCCCGACAUGGAGAAAUCAGAGAUCUACGUAUGACAAGUCCUAACAGUGCAAUGGUAGUGUUUGAUGAACUGGCUGUGGCCUGCAAUGUAGCAAAUUCCCGGUACUUAGGUGAUCCACAAAAUAGGCUACAUUGUCGAUUUUGGCAUAGAACAAUGGAAAACAAAGCAGUAGUCAUUACUCAAAGAGGAUCAUGUAAAGUUAAACCAAUUUCGUUUUUAUGAAAAGUUAACUAUGACUUCUACGUAUAUUUGUAAUGUAAAACGAUAGAGAAAUUUUAGAUAUGAUCACCUGGUUUAAUUUUGAUUUUGACAAAUCUAGAAAUAAGAUAUUUGAUUCUUUGUGAUUCUAUCUGAUAACUUCUGUAUAACAUAUUUUUUGUGCUAUAGAUGAAUGUAAAAAUUUUAAAACUGUAUAUUAUCACUUUUUUCGCACAGCUUUUCUCUAUAAUAUAAAUUUGCCAGCGCCGCUGAUCAAAGUUAUCUCUGCGUUUCUGUUUUGUGUGAUCAGUCCAAGCCAAAAUCGCGACUAAAAGUUUAGUUACAGUAUGUUGCAAGA